CGCCUAGCGUCUGCCCGCCACAAAAGCUCACUGCGCCGAUGGGAGUAGUAUCAACGCGAGCUUUGGCUGCAGGUAGUCGUAAUAUCGUGACUGUGACUACAACUGCGCCGAGGUGACAUCCAUUUAACAGCUUGGAACCCCACUCGCAACGCGCCUGUUACAUGUCAUCACGACACGCUCAAGAUGCCCGCCGCGCGCCCUCGGGCUUCGUUCGAGCCCAUACCGCCUGACUUUGACGUGCGGACUUUUGUCGAGACAGCCGACAAUUUCCAGUAUGUAGACCGCAUCUCGUACGAGAUGAUCGCCAGCAACGGCAUCGAGCAGUUUGAGAAGCUCGUGCUGCUGCAUGUCAUUAUUGGCGGAAAGCCGUUGGUCAUUGACGGCUUCGAGGAGGUGCUGGAUCCAUGGACUUUUACGCCCGCAUGGCUGCGCGACAAUCAUGGCGAUAAAGUCGAGAGUGCGCGGAAUAUCACCACUAAGGAAAACAUCCCACUUACCCUCAAACACUACUUGAAGCACAUGAGCAAGCUUACGGACCAAUUUUUCGACGCGCCUGAGCGGUAUCGCGACAAGACGCGCCAGCGCAUCUACCUUAAGGACAUCGACUGUCCGCACGUAUGGCAGGACAAACUGAAAGAGCAGAUUCCAUCUGGGCUGUUCUACCUUAAUGAGAGCACUGGCGAGAUGGGAGGGCCUGGCGCGCUGGACGAGUUCGGUGGUCGCAAGGGUCGUGGAAUUGCACGCGCUGGGGACCUCAUGAGCAGUCUGCCGCCUGAGAUGCGCGCUGAAAACCUCAUGUGCUACAUUGGACACGAAGGCACAUAUACACCUUCUCACCGAGAGAUGUGUGCCUCCCUCGGCCAGAACAUCAUGGUCAACGCCUCGGGUCAAAUAAGUGAAGAUGGCAAGCCCGAGCGCCCCGGGUCCUCCAUCUGGUUCAUGACUGAGACGAAGGACCGACAUCUCGUCUCCGAGUACUGGUUGUCUGUUCUGGGUCAUGAUAUCGAGGUCGAGAACCACUUCGCCCAACUCAUAGCGUGGAAGAAGGCACCCUUCAAGACAUACGUGGUCGAGCAGCGGCCCGGGGACUUCAUCCUUAUCCCACCGUUGGCUCCUCAUCAAGUCUGGAAUCGCGGCACUCGCACCAUGAAGAUCGCCUGGAAUCGCACAACUGUCGAAACUCUCGAGCUUGCCCUACAAGAAGCUCUGCCCAACUCGCGAGUCGUGUGUCGUGACGAGCAGUACAAGAACAAAGCCAUCGUCUACUACACACUGAUGAAAUACUCGAAUCUCAUCAAGUCCGCUCGGGCCCAGGUGGAGAUGGGAGGUGAGCAGGCGGACACAAUCCAGCGCUCCGUCAAGGUGCGCCAGGUUCAGCGAGACUUUAAGAGGCUCUUCGACCUCUAUAAGAGCAUCAUGCUAUCGGAGAUGUUUGCGCCCGACUCUCGCGAGCACAUUGAGUUCUUGCCAUAUGACAGCAACGUGACCUGCGCCUAUUGCAGAUGCAAUAUCUUCAACCGCUUCUUGAGCUGCAAAACAUGCAAAAACCUGUUUAGCUCCGAAAUCGAAGAACCUUACGAUGUGUGCAUGGAUUGUUAUUGCAUGGGCCGCAGCUGUGGAUGUCAAUCGGGCUACACCUGGGUUGAACAGUGGAAGUGGAAAGACUUGAUGCACAAAUACGAAGAAUGGCGUGCGCAAAUCAUCGACAUCGAUGGCCACAUGACGGAGAAGACACCAUUGCCUUUGCAAGAGGAGCGCCGUUAUCUGGGCAAGAAGACGCUUGCUCAGGUCUGCCAGGAGCAACUACGAGUGCGACCUUUUGUCGACAUCAAGAGUCCACAGCCUGAGGGUACCUCAGAAGACGAUGAGCCUGUAGUCGACCAAAAUGGACAUGUCAAGAAGGUCGCAAACAAAAAAUCAAAGCAGUGGCUGAGUAAACACAAGUCUUGCCACGUCUGCCUUCAUAGGCACCCGAACUGGAAGAUGGCUUUUUGCUCUGGUUGCGAUCUCGCCUACUGUUAUGGUACGCUUUUUCGCGCCCACGACGUCAUGCCGUUAAGCAUUAUGGAGAAUGCCAAUUGGCUGUGUCCGCAUUGCAGGAGAGUAUGCAACACGGGCGCGUGUCGAAAAGACUAUCGACAACGUCCUUACGAACCUAAGGGUACUCUUCUCGGUCACGACACAAAGAAAGUAGCCGAUCCUCGUUCGGUAGAAUGCCUCGUCGAUUUCAGCGUCUCCAACCUGAACUGGCUGCGAGACGAGGAAGGCAUGGGCCAGAAUGCGAUGCAGCGGCGAUUGCAACAGGCAGAGGUGGACAAGAUGGCAGAUCCUUCACUCGACGCACGUUACAUUGACGAGGAUCAUGCUUACAUGCGGAACGGUAUUGCAUAUUCCCCGGUAGACGAUGCUGACGGUAAUGCCAAUGACAUGGGUCACGCUACUCGACCCAGCUACGCUGAUCCGUCAGCUAUUGUGCAGGCAGCCGAUGGAAAUGAUGACUUUGAAUCGUAUUAUCCUGAUCCUGACAUGAACGGAGAUAUUCCUCGACUCGGCCAGAAGCGUGGUAGAAACGACGACGAGGACGAGGACGGCAAUCGGAGACGACAGGGUAAAUCCAAGAAGCAAAAAAAGAAGAAAAAGGACGAAACCGCCCAGCCACUUCAACCCAAGAAUGCUUCUGGUAAACAAUACCAGAAAGAGGUGCAGAGGAAGUUGUUGGAAGAAGCCAAGCGCGAAGAUCGCUUCAUCCUCGUUGCUGCAAGGAUGAAGGGCAAAUCAAAAGUUGUCAAACUCUUUUUGAGUGCCGAUCGUCUUGAGGAGAUACGACAGAGGCCGGCUCCAGCUCACCCUCAGCCCGUACGCCAGAGCACGCCGGAGGAAGCUGAUGCUGCCGGGGAUACGCGAUCCAUCCUUCAGUCUGACCUUUUGUCCAAACCGGAAGCCAUCGAUAAAGCUGCUCAUAAAGAAAAGGGACCGAAGACAUACCGUGUGCGUGUCGAACAAGAUCAGGCAUACACGACUAAAAAGCGAAACCAAAAUGCGAACGGAACUGCCAAACCCGGCAGACCUCGUGGUCCUGCUCGACACUUUGAAGAGAUUACGCUCGACUCUGACGAGGAGUUUGAUGAGGAAGAUGAGGACGAAGGCGGAUAUGUCGGACGCUCUCACGGGCGAGCAUCCGAAUGGUUAGCUCGUAAGAACGAGGGCGAAGAAGAUCUCCCAACUGAACUCCCGCCAGAUUUCAGAGACGGCGAUGUACGCCCCAAUCGUGAGAAAGAUCGAGAACGCAACCGAGCGUACAACGAGCGGAGGAAGACUAUGCCUGUCAAACCAACGGAGGCUGGAAUCCGGCCUGUCGGUCGACCGCCGAAGCACCCAAGGCGAAACAGCACAAACAACAUGUCUAACGAAGACAGUGUUCACGAAGAAGAUGACCAGGACAGUGAAGCGCUCAUUCUAGCACAGCAAGCUGCCGCCGCAGCCCUCGAAGCUCAACGCAAGACUGAGGAAGAAAAAAUACGCGUGGAAGCCGCCGCACGUGAAGCCGAGGAGAACCUGCGCGCUAAGAUGGCGUUGUUCGAAGGCUCCGACGACGAUGAUCAUUACACAAACGAUUUCCUCGGCGGUCUUGCAGCCGAAGACUCGCCUCCACCCGAUCCACUAUCCGAAGAAGAAAACAACUUGCCUGACUCCGAACCUGAGAUUGAACCUGAACCUGUUCGAGCGAAAGCGACGAACUCCAUCUUCACCCGUCCCGGAAUGAAUGGCAAGAAGAUCAAGAUUGUCUCCGCAAGCAAAAAACGUAAUGGUGAGGCGUCGAGCAAGACUACCACGACAACAACUUUUGAGGCGCCACCAUCUACCUUCACAAGCGUCAAUAAGAAGGCUGUGGACUUGAGUGAUUCGGAGUCGGAUGAGGAUGUGCCUGCUAGUGCGCCUGUGGCGAAGAGACCAGUCGGAAGGCCUCCGAAGAACAGGGGGGCUGUGGUUCCGAGUCGGGGCUCAAGCUCAGGGAAGAGAGGGAGGGGACGACCGAGGAAGACUAUGUAAGGUUUGGUUGGAAGAGCAUUUGGAGGCAGGAGACGAGAUAUUUUUCUCAAAGCGAAGGUUUUGCUGCUGGAUUUCUCGUGUCCACAGAAGUGUGUGGAGAUCGUCUCAUGACCGGAGACGGGUGCUUCGUGGUUUUCUUAUUCCGAGCGAUAUGCAUAUCUACUGCAUAGGUCUUCGAGGUUUUGCUCGAAUCGACCUUUGAUCAUUAGAUGAGGGUUGGUUGCAUCAUGUCAUCUCGUCCAACAAACAAGAUAACCCUAUUAACUGUCUGAAACUCUACCAUACUGGAAUCAGAGGACCUAAGUCUUUUCGCAUCUAUGUCAAGGCUGAGAUAAAUAGAUACUAC